GAGCUCACUGCUCCACAGAACCAGAGCUGAACAACCCACAGAAAAACUCCUGUCCAACCAUGAACGGCAAACUUGUGGCUGUCCUGGCUCUUUUCCUGCUUUCAGCAGCUGUGUCUCAAGGUAGGGCCGUGGCAAGGAUGGGAACCGAGCUCCGGUGCCAGUGCAUAGCCACUCAUGCCGGGUUCAUCCCUCCGAGAUCCAUUCAGGAUGUGAAGCUGACACAGAGCGGCCCCCACUGCCAGAACGUUGAAGUCAUAGCUACUCUGAAGGAUGGCAGAGAAGUGUGCUUGGAUCCCAAUGCUCUCUGGGUACAGCGGAUCGUACAGGCAAUUUUGGCCAAGGCUCAACAAAAUUCUGACUCACCGCUCUAAGAAACACCAGGACAGAAAAAAUCUGGGAACUGUUCCUGCUCCUCCACCAAGAGGAGCAUCGUUCAGGCAGUGCACCAUCUUCCACCUCCUGCAUGCGUGUUGUAAUGUUAAUUAUGGACAGUUCUAUUUAUUUAACUAUUUAUUUAACUGCAUGUAUUUAAGGAAGUCUUUCACAAUGGUCAGUUGUCUGUGGGACACACACUGUCCCUUGACACUGCAGGAAAAGUGGUUUGCUGAGGGAGAUUGAGAACCCUUGCCAGCCACUUCAGCCAAACACAACCGGUGAAGUGCAAUGCACUUGCCACACUGUUUAUCUUUGCUAUUGCACCAGCAAACUGAUGAAUCCUCCUGCUCCCCUGGAGUGCACUAGUAUGUUGUGUCAACAACAGCUUCCUCAACCACAGUCAGCAUGUGGCCAGACUGUGAACUGUAUGUGUAACACUGUGUUUGGUAUUUAUAUAUUGUGAUUUCCAUGGUAUUUAUAA